UAGAGCUACCCCCACAUAAAGAUCGCCAUUGCAAAAUUGCAUAAACGUGUCAUCCAUGAUCGGUGCGAAUAUCGAUAUGAGGGGUGGUCCGUACCCCAAGUGGAACGUCGGCAACGCUAAACGGUCUCUCGGACCCCAACUUGCUUCAGCACAAUUCCCUCCGAACUCUAGGAACUGGAUACUGAGGGAUGCUUCUCGUCCACGCAACCCAGCCGGCAGAUCAGCUUGGACUUCAGUGCCGAAGCGAUCUAUAUCUCAUGACGCCGGAGCCGUACCAAGCCAAGACUACAAUACGGCGCUCAACACUCCAGAUGACAACCUGCUCAUUCGAACAUGGAAUGAUGGGGCUUAUACCGUUCAAACGAACAUCGCAUCGCAAGACACUUGUCGAUUUCCACCACAGGUACAGCCUGACUGGGCGUACAAUGCUUCUCUCGGUGUCGCUACUCCGUUUCUUCUCGGUGGUACGAAGCGGGAUCCCACUGUUUGGCGGAGAGGUUCUGGGGUUCAGGGAUCGAAUUCUGCUCUCGGCCGUCGGGGUUGACCGCUUUCGAAAAUCCGCUUGAGAUGUUAUUCUAUCAAAAUAAUAGUACGGGAAUAGUUCCAUUUGCAGGACUAGCCACGGAAAAUUUCAGGGUAAGGAACAUGAGUGAUACUUAUUUCACAUGGGGUUUACUAGCUGUGCAUUACUAUGCCAUCUUCACCGGGAAUGAGAUAUGGUU